AUGGCUAUGCUUCUAUCUCUCCAAUCAAGUCAUGCGGCUCGCCAACUCCUCCAAACGGUCCCUCCGAUCCCAACCUUACCCAAGGUGGCUCUACCACCUCUUCCCACCGCUCUCCCAACGGGUUUUCCUUCGCUUCCAAAUAACCCCUUGCCGACUUUACCAACCGUUCUUCCCAACUUUCCAAAUCCCAGUGCCUUGCCACCACUUCCAGCACUUCCAAACCCAACACUUCCGGUUAUUCCCUCGGUUCCUAAGUUAACCCUGCCCCCACUGCCUGCCACACUGCCCAAGAUCCCAUUCUUCACACCACCUCCAUCAAAGUAG